AUUAAGGAGCAGCAGUUGACUUAACCCUUCUCCUCUUGUCCUGUCUUGAUAUGUGACGAUUCUAUUUUACUAAUCUACAUAUUGAUAAGCUUUACUUGCCCCUAUUAAGUUGGUCUCAGAACCUAAAUGUUUACGGUUAUAUGUCUAUCAACCUCGGACGAGAACCUAAGCCGCACAUUCCCCAACGUCGUAGUCCGAUCCUACCCAUCUCUGAUCUCACCCACCUCUGCCUACCUCCCCAGUAUUAGCUGUCAGGUAGGACAUAUUCAGGUGCAUACAUUGUCUGAUGUUCUAGAAUGGAAAGAGGAAGGGGGACAUGGACGAGUCUUCCUAGCCCCGUUUCACUUCCGUUUCCCUCAUCUCCCCCUCCCCUCUAGGAGGGCAACUACGAUCCCCUUUCUGUCGUGAGCUGGGUCCAUCCAAACAACCAUAGACCUUGAAUAGUAGUAGUAGAAUGGCACUACAAGGCCGUCGGCGAUCUUCAUCAUUAUCAUCGUCAUCGCCUUUACGCAAUACUAAUUCAGACUGGCUCGUAUCUUCAACUCCUCCCGUGAGCCUGAAUCACAGCCAAAGCCAACCCCCACCCAUCCGACAGCGAUCGUCGAGGAAGAUGAGUCCGGCAGGGAGGGCCUCGACGGAGCGACAGCAACAACAUCAACCUUCUCAAAAACGGACAUCCUCCUUAACCGGCUUCUUUAGAAAUAUCUUACCAAGCAAUCGCCCCGAGCAAGGUGGUACACGUCGAACGAAAGACCAAACAAACGAGAUCAACGGCAACGAUGUCGAACUCGAUGUCGGUGAAUUGACUGAUUGGAACCUUGCUAAAGAAAAGAACCCUGCAUAUCCUACUACAUCAGCAAUUUUUUCAGAACAACCUCAUCCUCAUCACCACCGAGGUUGGAGUUGGAGUCCUCAGAAAGGAGAUUCGAGAUUCGUUGAAAACUUGCCGCGAGAUAGGUCCCAUGGACGUGAACAGGAACCGGAUAUACAGGAUCUUGAACUGCCACCACCUCGGAAAUCGGAUACGUUAGCAAGGGCCGAGGUACAUGAGCUAUUCAAAACCAAAGAAGAGAGCAGACGAAAUCGAAAAAGCUUGAAGGAGAGUGGAGAUUGGCUGGGCGUGCAAGGUGCUGAUCCAUAUUCAGGGCAAUUCUCAGUCCUCACACCUACGGACACGCCUAGCUCCGAGACUACCAGUGCUUCAACGCGUAGCAAGCUUGCUGGGCUGGCACGCAGGAAAAAGGCCGCAAAACUAGAAUAUGAGCAAAUACGGCUUUUAGAAGAGCAAGAAAAAGAUAAGGCCAGAUUAGACAGGGAACAGGCUAAGCUCAACAAAAUCGAACGGGUAAAAGAAGAACUAAGACGCCAGCACCAAUUUGCACGAUGGAGUCAACACAGACGUCACUGGUCGUCCGCCGCGGAGCCGAACCUGAGUCCUAUCGCUCAGUCGAUAGACAGUGUGGCACUAGGAAGCAGUGAGACCUCUAGUUUACUGUUUUCGGACAUGCCCACUGACUCCUUUUCCUCAGGUGUCGAGGAUCCCACAUCAAAUAUACGGAAUUUUUCUCGUCCCACUCGCCCACCGGUUUCAUCGAAGAUCAGCAUGUUAGGUCAGGCUGAACGACUUAGUUGUGACAGUACGCGGUCUCGGGGGCAUAAACGUUUUGAUUUAUCAACUGAUACGAUUAUCCAUAAUGCACCAGACGCUAAUUCCGAGCCGGUGCCCCUCACAAGGCCAGCUUCUCAACCGUCAGGGGUAUAUCUCAAUUCUGUGCAGCCAGAUAUUGGCCGAGCUAAGAGCGAAAGGCAUUUUUUAUGGAGGCGCAGAAGGGAGACAGAUCCGGGGAAAUCAGCGGCGGCUCCCCACGCGGGGGUCGUGAUGUCCAUGGCGGCCCAAAAUCGGACGACCAACUCGAUCGAGCAGAUUCAAAAAGACCAUUUUGCCGACCUGGCGAUCCCGGAUUACCGUCUCCACCUUCUGUCACCGGAACCGGCAGAUGUCGCCGGCAGCCGGUCGACUCUUUCGGAAGAGUCUCCGCUAACGACACCCUAUCACAGGCCACUAGGGAGCUUGGGAGGGAACAGGAUGGCGCUGUCGUCAACCACGAAUCUAAACCGACUCCAGGGGAACAGCGUGCCCAGUCAAGGUGUAAACGUAGUUACAGCAGCCCCAUCACAGUCGAAACUAAAGGGAAUCAUAAAACGACAAUCGAUUCGCCGAAGACUAGUCCCGAGCCUGUUGACUACGAAUCACGCCAAAGGCACGGAGAGACGUCAAAUAUCACCCCCAACAUUCGACGAGCUUCAGGACCAGACAGUCAACCAUUUUCCAGGAGAUACCCCGGGGUACCCGAGCCAACAUCUACAGCCGGAUCUGCAAGGGAGAAUCAGUUUGGAGCGGGCGGGGAGGAAGUCACCCCACAUAGACAGUCACGUCAGGCCGAGCCGGAGAGGAUCUGUGUCCAUACCCAUCACCAUCACUACUGGCUGCGGUCCCGGUCAGCAGGACCAACUAGGUUCCCCACAACCCAAGUGGGAUACCGAGCCCAACCAGAUGGACGGCGCUACAGACAUCAGGGAUGCUCCAAUGACUCCGGCGUCAAUACAUCAACACGAACCUUGCAUCGCGCUAGAACCGUAUCCAAUCCAAGAGGAGCAUAGGACGCCUUCCCCUCCCAUCACACUACAGAACGGCUCGCCGAAUCACGAUCUCGGUCAAGAGAUACCCGAGACCGAUAUUAUAUCAACUUACCCUACGACACCAGAGAAGAAACCACCAACCAGGGUUUCCACACCGACGACCCCCCGGCUGUCUCGUAUCGUCCAACAGAAUGCCGAGUCGAGGGACGCGGACGCGUCGAAGGACAGCGCCGAUAUAGCCGAGAAGACCGAGGCGGACAAAACACCAAAAGCCGAGCACAAAGAGCUGAGGAGGACAAGCGGACAGGAGGGACGAGUCCGGAAGUUGGACCAAGAACGUCACAACAUAGGCGCGGUUCGAACCCCAUCAACGGCUUCGUCGCAGGAAGCUCAGCCGCACCUAUCAUACGAGGACCAAAGGGAGACUAUAGUGGAAGAAGCAGCCCGAAUCGCCGUGUUGCGUUCGAAGGCCAAGGAAAUAGUGAGGAGCAAGUCAGUGGACCGCAGAAGAAGCCGCAGCAGCGACAACCGGACUCUCAGCCCGCCAAGAAAACAGAUCUCCCACAGCAAUGUGAACGGCAACAGCAGCAUCAACGGCAACAAGACCUUAGAAUUAAAGCACUCGCUUCAGCAGAGGCGGCCGAAGAAGAAACGCCAAAGCGAAGAAGGCGUAGGCAUCGGGCUUCCUUCCGAGCUUGAAUCGAUCGGGAAGAGUACCAACACGAUCGCCCAAGUGCAACAGCAUGAGAAAGGUGCCACAGAAGAUGCGGGUGCUGAUAGGUCAGAUGUAAAUUUCACGGUGGUACAGUUCUGCAAGACGGUUUACAUCGUCUUCCUCGGCGUGGCAUGCACGUGGUGGAUCAUGGUGCGUCCGGCCUUCGACCAGCGUAGCGAGCUCUGGAGAAGGAAACAUAGGAAGGAGAGCACGUGGCAGGACGUGGCCGUGUUCGCGUCGGCGGGAGGAUUCUGCAUCGCCGGGGCUGCGGGGAUUUGGUAUCUUUUGAGGUUGCUCUGGUGGGUUGUCAAGCAGUGACGCUCCUUGUUUCGGUUGUGGGACCCGUUUCACAUACAGUGAUAUCCUCUUGUGUGGUUAUGGUUACGGGUCCAUCUGGAGUUGAAGAGGACAGAAUUAGAUGAGUAUUGACUAAGAGUUGACUACUGCUUAGGAAGUUCUUAGACAACUAUUACCACUUCAUACUUAGGUAGCAAUGAAGUUUCUCAAACAUCAAUGCCGGAAGCUGGCUGCGGUCUUCGGAAAGGGGAUUAUGGGUUGCGUACCGCCCCAUUACCCGUAGGCGUUCUAGACGAUUGGGAAGUUGGGGAGAGGGAAGCUCCGACUAGAGCCGAUGACCUCGACGGAAGCGAAAAUUGGAGCUGGGAACGGUAAAGCAUGGAUCGGAGAGGUACCGGCCCGCGUAACGGGGGGUACCUUACCCUUGUAAUGUUAGAGUUCAUUGCAAUCAUAGGUCAAUCAUAGGCUAGGCUAAGUACCUAAGAUGUAGAUAUGUACUUUUAGUUAGAUUGACCAAGCCAACCAUUGAUGCGUACCACGGU